AUGACAAAUAUUAAUACACAGACAAAUUUACAACAAAGUGAACAAACAAACGUAAACUCAAAGUCAAGCUGCUGUACUGUCAACGAGCACAUGGUCAACAAUUUGUCGAUAAUGUUGAGCAAAGAUGACGUGGAAAACAAGAAUGUGUCCAUAGAUCAAUGUAUAUCAAGUAUAAAUAUAUCUAACUGUAUUUCUAAAUUUGACCAGAAUAAAAUAGCAAGUCCAUCAAAGCCCAAGGGCAAGACUAGGCGUAUAAGGAAACUCUCAGUGCGAUCACGAUAUGCGUUAUUUUAUAAUGUCUGCACACAAAAGCUUGUUAACAACGUUACUGCCACUGGUUGCCAUGUACGCCACCGUGACCGUGAACCCAGUAGAAUACAAGUGAAAUGGUUAACUAGGAAGUUUGGAAAAAGUCGGUUGCUGAGAAAAUGUCUGAGACAUAAGAUCAAACGAUCUGUACCCAGAUCCUCUCAUCUUCAUUAUAUACUAGAUAAUAUUAAGCAUUGUCAAGACAUUAGGUUGAAGUGUAUUCCAGAUGUUUACUGCCCAAAGAAGGUUGAAAAGAAAUGCCGGACAAAACUUUCAGCAAAAGAUGCCAAAUGUUAUAUUUGUGAAGGUAUUCUUGCAGAUAUAUUCUAUUUAUCAGGUUCAACUAGUGAUUUAUAUACACAACAGAUGUACAAAAAUAUUAACCACUUAAAAAAUGUCUGUCAGUUAGCAUUAUGUGCAGAUAUUGAAACAAAUCCUGGACCCGUAUUCUAUAUUGACCCCAGCAAGACAAUCAGUGCACCAUAUAGCCAAGGUAAUCAGAUUAUAUUUGGAGAAACAGCAGGACAACAGUGUUUAGCAAUGUGUUUAUGUACUCUUAUAUACAACAAAAGACAGAACAUAUGCACACCACAAGACCUGGUUCAUAUAAUGAAUAUUGGUAAUGAACUAUAUUCAAACUUGUCAUGUUUAGCAAGACAAUCGUUUUUAUUGUUUACUGAAUUGCCUUCACAACUUUCAGUAUUUGACUCAGAUUAUAUUUUUGAGUACAGUGAGAGCUAUAGUGGUAAUGUAAUUGGAGACUGUUUUAUUGAAGGGUAUCAGUACUGUGUUCCAUUUCACAGAUCGUUUGAAUUGCUCAUGGUCGAAAACUAUUGUGCAUUCAUCUUAACAAUUGACUCCAAUGCUGUUUGCAUAUUUUCCACCACUGAUGGCAAAUAUAAAAUUUUUGAUUCUCAUUCAAGAGAUAUUUAUGGCAGAAGUCAUCCACAAGGUACAUGUGUGUUGUUAGAGGCGCCAACUAUUGACAAUGUAAUUCUGUAUUUCCAGUCUUUAUACAGUGAAAAUAGUCAAUUUGAGCUAAGAGGAAUUAAUAUUGAAGAAGUACAAGCCAAUGUUGACCAGAACUUAGACAACAAUAUUACAAAUUCUGACCCAUCAGUUAGUACCACACAAGAAUCUAAAAGUACUGAUGGAAUUAAUAUUGAAGAAGUACAAGCCAAUGUUGACCAGAACUUAGGCAACAAUAUUACAAAUUCUGACCCAUCAGUUAAUACCACACCAGAAUCUAAAAGUACUGACAUUUCUUGUUUGUGUAGACAAUGCUGUGCGAUUUCAUUGUAUUCAAUUUGUUAUUCUGUUAUUAAGCCAUGUACUUACUGGGAUUCAAAUACAGUAUCCGCAGUUGUUUACUUUGGCAUUACUUUGUAUAACAACACUGGGAUACAUAUGUCUAGUGAUAUACCUCGAAAGGUUGAAAUAUGUGCAACUGAAAUGCAUGUAAAAUUGCAAGCUAAUAUUCAAGGAGUAGUUAAUGACAAGACAGAAAGCAAACUAAAUAUUGAAAGCCUCAUUUGUCAUACUGAAAACGUCACAGGUUUUUUAAUUUGGCUUGGAGAUUAUUGCAUGUCUUGCAUCUUUCAAAAAACAUCAAUUAAGAAUAUGUCGUACUCAAUAUUAGCAUAUGAUGAUGAUGAUAGCUCACCUACGUCUACUGUACAUUUUGUUAAAAACAUAAAAGACAAGCACACUUUAGUUGAUGCCAUCUUUAACCUAGCAAACACCAAAAUCAAGGAUGAAAUUUUCAAUUAUGAAAUUCAAUUCUUGUCUUGUUCUUCUGAAUUGACUAACUGUGAAAGAAAAAGGAUUAUGAAAAAUCACAGACAAAACUAUAUUAAUGAAAUCACUGCACCAGCUCUAAAGAAACAGAAGCUAGAAACAAAGCAGAUGAAAUACAAAACGAUAGAUCCAUUAGUAAAACAACAUGUUAACUCUAAACGCGUAAAUGAUUACAAAAUUAUGGCUAAGGAGAAAAAACAAAAAGUAUUGGAAAAUAGAAGAACAAUAUAUGAAGAGUUAGAUAAAUCAAAGAAAGACGAAGUACUGACUAAAAAUAUGAAUUAUAAAAAAGCAAUGAAUAAGGAACAAAAGCAAAAAAUACUCGAGAAUAAAAGAUCUAAAUACGAAACUUUAGAUCAGCCAAAUAAAGAGGAAAUACUGACUAAAAAUAUGAAUUAUAGAAAAACAAUGACUAAGGAACAAAAGCAAAAAAUACUCGAGAAUAAAAGAGUUAAAUACGAAACUUUAGAUCAGUCAAAGAAAGAGGAAGUACUGACUAAAAAUAUGAAUUAUAAAAAAACAAUGAGUGAAGAACAAAAGCAAAAAAUACUCGAGAAUAAAAGAGUUAAAUACGAAACUUUAGAUCAAUCAAAGAAAGAGGAAGUGCUGACUAAAAAUAUGAGUUAUAAGAAAACAAUGGUAGAAGAACAAAAACAGAAACUAUUAGAAAACAAAAGAGCAAAGUAUCAAGUAAUGGAUAUAUCAAAGAAAAAGGAGUUGAUUGCUAUAAGUUCGCGCAAAAUAAUGUCAAAUCGCAUGUUGUUCGAUCCAGAAGAAAAAAAUGAUUUGCUCUAUAGAGAGAAAGAAAAAAGGAUGGAAAAGAAAGCUCAAAUUCAUGACAUUGACCUGUACAUUGAUAAGUUUAAAAAACAAAUUAAAGCAGGUCCAUUUUACAUAUGCUGUGUGUGUAACCGAACAUUGUACAAAAAGUCGGUAAUUACCCUACAGAAAAAUAAAUAUCCUCGCCAGGAUUGUUUUAUGCUUCAAUGUUCUUUUGACGGCAAAGAGUACGUCUGCAAAACGUGCCAUGCUAAACUACUUAAAGGUCAACAGCCUUGUCAAGCUGCGGUAAAUAAUUUAUUUGUUGAUGAAACUUCCACUGCACUUGCUGCAUUAGAGAAACUUGAACAAAUUCUUAUUGCACAAAGAAUAGUCUUUGAAAAAAUUGUAGUAAUGCCAAAAGGACAACAAAGAAAAAUUAAAGGUGCAAUAUGUAAUGUACCAGUUGAAUGUAGUCAAACAUGCAAUGUUCUUCCCAGACCACCUGACAGAUCUGGGAUAAUUUUACUUAAAUUAAAAAGGAAACUUCAAUUUAGAGGUCAUGUUUACUUUCAAGCAGUUCGCCCUCAGUUUGUAAUUAGUGCAUUAAACUGGCUUGUAGCAAACAACCCUUUAUAUAGAAACAUUGAAAUUCAAUGUGACAAUAUUAGCUCAGACUUAACUAAUUUGAACUGUCCUGAUACUGAUCAAGAAAAUAUAGGUGAGCCAUUGCAAUUACAAAGUAAUGUAAAUAGAGAACUGUGUAAUGAAGAUGUUGAAGAACAAGAUGAUCCAUUAAAUGAACACCGUUCAGCUGCAAGCGAAACCUGUCUUCAGUCAAUCUUGCCAAAUUAUCCUGUUAACCUGGACAAUACAAACUGUAAUUCAACAGGUAGAGAAGUUUUCAACAUUGCACCAGGUGAAGGUAAACACCCAGUAUCAUUGAUGACUGAUAAGCUUUGUGAGGAACUUUCAUUUCCAGUACUCUUUCCGAAGGGACGAUUUAGUUACACCUGUGAACGAGACACAAAAUUAUCUCCAAUAAAAUAUUUCAAUGCUCGCCUCUUGCAUUAUAGUGGAAAAUUUGCAACCAAUCCAGAGUAUCUAUUCUUUGCACAAUUCAUUAUAGAACAGAAAAAGAUUUCUGAUAGUAUUAAUAUAGCUCUUAAAAAAGUACAUGGCCAGUCAGUCACAGCAUCACAAGUAAAAUCAAACAGUCAAGCUUUUCAAAAUCUUCUUUUGCAAGAUCAAGCAUAUUUGUUUUUACGACAAAUUCCUGGCUCACCUCCUUACUGGCAAAAGUUCAUGUUCAAUGAUUAA